GAGCUGCUACUGGCAGAGCCGAUUGACCCUUGCGAAACUGACACUUGAAGUGCGCGCGAUCAAAGUUUGAGAGAUUCGUCACAAUCAACGGGUAUCGAUGGAAGAUUUGUCCUUGGAUUGGCGGGUAUUAUCUCUUGUGUAACAGUGUUACAGUGGUUUGCCAUUAGAUCUAAUUGAAAUUUAAGGUAGAGUUUGUAACAAUACAGUCCAGACUCGAUUGUCCGAAUCCUCCAUGUAUUUAGUCAAUCCACCGUUAAAAUCAAAACAAUGUUAUGUAGAAAAGUUCUACUUUUCAGCAUCGAAUUCAUUGCUGAAAAGUAGAACUUUUCAGCAUUUGUUUUGAAAAGUGUUUCUAUUCGAUUAUGUUAUUUUUGGUAGAGAAAGAGGUUGUUUGGCCGUUCGAGAAUGACACACGCAGAAAAAUAAGGCAUAUUUGAAUCAACAAAACGUUUUGUUGAUUUGAAAAUCAUAAUUUUUGUUGAAUCAACGCUAAACGUCAAAGCAGCUUUUUCAAAACAACAAAAGACUUUUGUGGAAUCGAGAAAAUCAAGGUUUGUUUCAUCGCAAAAUCGGCGUUGAUUAUAUUCAACAAAAAUUUUGUUGAUUCAAACCUCGUACAGGCUGAUUCUACAAAACUUUUUUCUGCGUGCAGGAAAAGUAAGAGUUUCACGAAUGAAUUGUAAAAAAAAAACAAUUUUAACACUGAAACUUAAACUAAUUGAUUCCUAGAAUUCUUGAACUGAAAAUUUAAGGGGUUAAAUAGAUGACACUCAGUAAAACCAGAAAUAUAACUUCUCUCUGGUAAAACUCCUAUUUCACAAAAUAGUAGUUUAUGCAACAAGUUGCAAAAAGAGGAUUUUUUCAGCACGGGUCGUACAUUUAUCCAACGAGGUUCACCGAGUUUAAAUCAAAAAAGUGUUGAAAAGUGUUACUUUUCGAAACAAGUGCUGAAAAGUUCAACUUUUCAGCAUUUAUUUUGAAAAGUGUUGCUAUUCGAUUCUGUUAUUUUUGGUACAGAAAAGUAGGCUAUUUCGUCGUUCCAGAAUGACAGGAAAAGUAAGUAGUUUCACGACGGAAUUGCAAAAAAUAAAUUUUCCGUCGUUCUUGUUACUUUUCCUGUCUUUCUCUAACGACAAAACUGCCUUCUUUUCUUUACCUUAAACUGGGGUCAAUAGGGACACAUGGGGCGAAUUGGGACAGCAGUUUUAACCAUGUUUGAGCACAAUAUUUUGAUUUUUCUGGUUGGUUUCGGUUAGAACAGACUCAAGCCAAAAAAAUGUGUACAUCCAUUUCCAAAUUUAAAAGCUUUAAGUGCUCUAAAAACUGCUGUCCCUAUUCAGAUUGUUGUCCCGAUUCACCCCAGAUUACGGUACUAAAAAAAAAGAAUCGAAAACUAAUACUUUUCGUUACAUUUGCUGAAAAGUUCUAGUAUUUUAUAUAGUUAAAAAAAAACUUAAUUGAAGUUUGAACCACAGAAAAUUAUAAAUAUUUUUUUGCAAUUCCGUCGUGAAACAUUCUCAAACGUACCAAAAAUAACAAAAUCGAAUAGUAACCCUUUUCAAAACAAAUGCUGAAAAGUUUAACUUUUCAGCACUGGUUUGGAAAAGUUGUACUUUUCAACAUUUUCUUGAUUUAAACGAUUCAUUGACUCAAUGCAUGGUCCUAUAAUUCUGUUCAUAGGGGUUUUAUCGGAAUUGCAAAAAACGUCGUAUGGAACUCGCUGCAAAACUUGAUUUUUUCAUCACUCGUCGUAUUUAUCCAUCUCGGUGAACCUCGUUGGAUAAAUGUACGACUCGUGCUGAAAAAAUCCUUUUUUUGCAACUUGUUGCAUAAACUACUAUUUUAAUCCUUUAUUUCAAAAAUCCUCAAUUUUGUAGCAGUUUAAAGGAAUAUUUAAGCGAAAUAAAUUAUUGAUGCUAACAUUCUUCACUUAACCUAGGGCGUUAAAAUAAACCCAGCUUGGUAUUCAAAGAAAAAUCUAAUUUCAAAAAUAUGUUCUAUACAAUUUCUGAAAAGUAAACAAAUGUGGGAACUCCAAAACGUUUCUGCUAAAGUUCUUUUAUUCUAAAAUUAUGAAAACCUGUCGAUACUGAAAAAUAUCAAGUUAUUACAAUUAUACUGAAACUGAACAAAAAAAUACUGUCCUGCCACCAAGUUCUACAUCUGAUUUCAAUUUCGAUUAAAAAUUAGCACCGUAACGAUUACUAGCUACGACUGCAAAGCUGUGAACAUCGUGCUAAUCGAUAAGCAAAAGGGAAUAUUUUUUUAACCCACACGAAACUGACACGUAAAGAUAUGAUCUAGCCAACGGCAACAUUUAGCGAAACUUGGAUUGAAAGAUUGAUUUUUUGCAAAAAUCGAUGACAUCACGCUGAAUCAGUGAUGAUUUGCAAAACUCUACAAUUUGGCCACGCAAUCAGAUAAACGCGCUUUCUCUAUGAUUUGGGUAUGAUAUAAAACGAACGCAUUGACCACAUCAGUUUACAGUUCAUAACAAUUCUCCGUGAAGUUAAGUAUACACGCAUACGUCAUGGAUCUCUACUACACGAUCGUUUCGCCACCGUCGCGAUCAGUUCUGCUGCUGGCGAAACAACUCGGCGUCGAGUUGAACCUCAAAAACUUGAACCUAGCCGGCGGUGAACACCUGACGGAAGACUUCCGGAAGGUCAACCCGCAGCACUGCGUCCCCACGCUGGUCACCGAGGACGGAGUUGCGAUCUGGGAGUCGAACGCCAUCUUGGUGUACCUGGCCGAGCGGUUCGAUCUGGAAGGGGCGAUCUACCCGAAGGAUCUGACCAAACGGGCCGUCGUUCAGCAGCGACUGUGCUUCGAUCUGGGAACACUGUACAAGAACAUCCGUGCGUACUACGGACCGCUGGCGCUCGGGCUUGGAACUCCCGGCGAGGACGUGCUGAAGCAGGUCGAUCAGGCGUUGGAGAUUUUGGAGAGUUUUCUGGCGAACAGCAAGUUUGUGGCCGGAGAUUCGCUAACGUUGGCGGAUUUUGCCGUGAUCACGUCGGUGACGGUGGCCAGCACGAUGAAGCACGAUAUGGGCAAGUUCCCUAAUGUGACCCGGUGGGUGGAUCUGUGCAAGGUGACGAUAAGUGGGUAUGAGGAGAUCAGCAAGAAGGCAUUGGACGCGUGGAAGGAGCGCAUGGCGGCUAAGAAGAACUAGAAUUUAGUAAUAAAUUUAUUUGAAGAUAA